UCUUUUUGCAUUUUUGCAAUUUUAUAUAUAAACGAAAAAUAAAAGAAAAGAAAAUAAAAAAAGAAAGAGAGAGAAUACUCAAAGCAAAGCGAAAUCAACACAAAACAGUUGAAAAAAUAAAAAAGAAAAACCAAAAAAAAAAAAACAUUAGCAAAAUUUACUCUUUUAUCUAAAACUAACUAAAAUAAAACAUAAAGAAAAACAAAAACAAAUUACUUCAAAUUUAAAUUAAAUUUUAAACUCUAAGCGAAGCCAAAGAACGGUUAAAAAAAAAAAAACAAAAGGAGAUACUUAAGAUUAAAUAAAAUACUAUUUUUUUUGCGAUCGUAGUUGAUCUAAAAACCCAAAGAAACGUCACGACGACGAUUCAAAGAGAAUAAAAUAAUAAAAGAAUAUUAAGAAAAUAAAACAUUGCGGCAAACAACUUCACGGGACUUGUGCAAAGCGCAGUCAAAGCUCUUUAUGAAUAAAUAAAAGGAAAUACCAAGAAAUAAGAACAUAUAUUCUAAGCGUAACCAAACAAGCAGUGAGAUUAAAUACUAAGCACACAACACAACCGAGUGUAAAAGCAAAAAGAAGCCAAAAACCAAAAAAAAAAAACAAACAAAAAACUGAAAUUCACAUUUUGAACAUUACCAGCAACUGUUCGACUGUAACUGUUAAGUUACAGUUCAACGCUAACAGCAUCAAGAUUAGCACUAAAAGUAAUAGUAACAGUAACGGCAACAGUAACGGCAAUAGUAACAGUAACAGUAACGAAAGCCUGAACAACAUGACCAACGCCAUGGAUAUUGUUAAGAAUGGUGGGAGCGCCAAUGGCUCCGUCGAUGGCAGCAAUGAUGAGUCGCGUACCAAUUUGAUAGUCAACUAUCUGCCACAAACCAUGACGCAAGAGGAGAUGCGUUCGCUCUUCUCAAGCAUUGGUGAGUUGGAGAGUUGCAAACUGGUGCGUGAUAAAGUCUCAGGUAAUUUGGUCUUACCAGCAUCAUUGACCGCACUCAAUCCAGCUCUGCAGCAGGGUCAGAGUUUGGGCUAUGGAUUUGUAAACUAUGUGCGCGCCGAGGAUGCUGAAAAGGCUGUGAACACCCUGAACGGUUUGCGUUUGCAGAAUAAGGUUAUUAAAGUAUCAUACGCCCGUCCAAGUUCAGAAUCUAUAAAGGGUGCUAAUUUAUAUGUAUCGGGUCUUCCGAAAAAUUUAUCACAACCAGACUUGGAGGGGAUGUUUGCAUCGUUUGGCAAAAUAAUUACAUCUCGUAUACUCUGUGAUAAUAUUUCUGGUCUAUCGAAGGGUGUCGGUUUUAUACGUUUCGAUCAACGCAACGAAGCUGAACGUGCCAUACAAGAGCUAAAUGGUAAAACUCCCAAGGGCUACGCCGAACCGAUAACAGUCAAAUUUGCCAACAAUCCAAGCAAUAGCGCCAAGGCCCAGAUCGCCCCACCAUUAACCGCAUACUUGACGCCUCAAGCCGCGGCGGCUACUCGACGUUUAGCCGGUGCUCUACCAUCGGCCGGACGUAUCAGAUACUCACCGCUGGCUGGUGAUCUACUGGCCAAUUCGAUAUUGCCGGGCAAUGCAAUGACCGGAUCUGGGUGGUGUAUAUUCGUUUAUAAUCUGGCACCGGAGACCGAGGAGAAUGUACUAUGGCAGCUAUUCGGUCCAUUUGGGGCCGUGCAAUCGGUGAAGGUAAUACGGGAUCUACAGACAAGCAAAUGCAAGGGAUUCGGCUUCGUGACCAUGACCAACUAUGACGAGGCUGUGGUAGCCAUACAAUCACUCAACGGCUAUACCCUGGGCAAUCGGGUGCUGCAGGUUAGCUUUAAGACUAACAAAACCAAAACAACUUAAGAUCAAGUUUUUCUGUUUCUGAGAUUCAAAACAAUUUAAAGUAGGUUUUUGAUUUUUCGGUCUAAAAACAACUCUCUUUACAAGAAAAAGAACAGAAUGAAAUAACACAAAUAUAUAAAUAAUAUAGUAAUGAUAAAUAUAAUGCAAAUGAUAAUGAGGAAAAAUACUAUGAAGCACAUUUGUACAUUCGACAUUUGACAGCGAGUUGUAGUCAAAAUUACUUAAUAACAUAAUUGAUGAGAGUGUGUGUGCAUACUAAAAACAA